AUGACAUCACACGUAGCCAAUAACAUCCAUUCAUACCACAAUAAUUAUGACCCGAAUUUCCUCUCUGAUGACGAGGAAGAGUACUGUCCGUUGUGUAUUGAACCAUUAGAUAUCACAGAUAAGAAUUUCUUCCCCUGUCCCUGUGGCUAUCAAAUUUGUCAAUUCUGUUACAACAAUAUUAGGCAGAACCCUGAGCUAAACGGCAGAUGCCCGGCUUGUCGACGGAAAUACGACGAUGAUAGCGUACGAUACGUUGUUUUAUCUCCAGAGGAGCUGAAGAUCGAGCGUGCAAACCUGGCCAGGAAGGAGAGAGAGAGGAAACAAAGGGAGAAGGAGAAAAAGGAAAAUGAGUACAGCAAUAGGAAACAUUUGGCAGGUAUGAGAGUGAUCCAGAAAAACUUGGUUUAUGUUGUGGGUGUUAAUCCGUCUGUCCCAUAUGAGGAAGUAUCAAGUGCUCUGAAAUCGGAUAAAUAUUUCGGCCAGUACGGUAAGAUCAACAAGAUUGUUGUGAACAGGAAAAACCCUCAUCCGAAUGACACCUAUCACCACCACACUCCCGGGUAUGGGGUCUACAUUACUUUUGCCGCGAAAGAUGAUGCAGCAAAAUGUAUCGCACAAGUGGAUGGUACCUAUAUGGAUGGAAAACUUGUCAAAGCCGCUUAUGGUACUACGAAGUAUUGUUCCUCGUAUUUAAGAGGUCAGCCUUGCCCAAACCCAAACUGUAUGUUUUUGCACGAACCUGGAGAGGAGGCAGAAUCGUUUAAUAGGAACAACAAGCUGCAACAACAACAACAGCAAGCCCUACAACACAGCAGCUCUAACACUCCCGGGAGCGCCCAUGCUGCACCAUCGGCUCCUCCAAACCUUUUCAAACCCUUGGGGCACAACACUUCCAAUGGUGGGUUGUCUUCCUUGAACCUGAAUGGCGGAUCUGCGGCACCCUCCCCGCUUCCGAUCAAAACACACUUGCAACAUGAUACUGUUCAUAGUGGGUCUGGUACCCCGGUGCUAACACCUGCACACUUACCAGCGGGCACCAAUGCCUGGGGUGUUAGCCAAUCAUCAACACCUAUCACUUCGCUGAACUUAUCGAAAAACACGAGCACUCAUAACUUACCCACUUUGGCUGAUGCGUUGGGUCAUCAUCAUCAAGAGCCUACCAAUUUGGCAAACGUUUCUACAGUUCACAAUGCCAGUAGUAACAAGGAAACUAAGAAAAAGAAGGAAAACGUUAACAACGAGAAAGAUCAUGACGAUCCUUACGAUGCGUUGAAAAGCGCAGUUUCAUUUUUGGAUGGCAGAAUAUCCUCUUUAUCAAACUAUGAAAGACAAUCUUUCAAAUUGAAACCAAAUCUACUGGACACAACUAUUUAUAAGAACUAUCCUUCACUGUUUUCAUGGGAUAACAUCGAGACAUCCAAGAAAUCUGAUAACGUUUUGGGACAGAAACUGGUCGACAUACUGGCUAUCAAACCCGUGGACUACUCUGCAUCUGUAAUCCAAUUCUUGCAAAGUGUAAAUGUGAGUGGGACACCAUCGAACAACCCGAUGCAACCCAACUACUAUUCUGCGGGUGGCACGCCAAAUGUUGCUACUGCGUCCAUGAAUCAACCACAUCUACCGCAACAACAACAACAACAACAACAACAGCAACAGCAACCACUUCCACCACAAGCACCAACCCCUGAAAAUGGGUCUACCAACUCUACUGAUUUACUAAAUCAACUAAUAAAGGGCAGGAAGACUGUUGUCGGCAAUUGA